GUCUCUCUGUAAGUGAAACCUGGCCUCCACUUUUGUUUAAGUUUUGUUUCUACUUCUACAGUAAGAGAAAGAGAGAGAGAAAAAAAGAAAAAAAAGCUUAAGAAAUUGGAAGAAACUGGAGAGUGGAGAGUAACAAUGCCUUCAAAUUCUGGAGAUGAUAAUGUUCUUCAAGUUCUCAUCAAGAACUUUGAUGUCCUUGCUCUCCCACUGGUCACUCUUGUCUACCCUCUAUAUGCAUCAGUGAAAGCAAUAGAGACAAGAUCAUUACCAGAAGACGAGCAAUGGCUCACUUACUGGGUUCUUUAUGCUCUCCUCUCUCUCUUUGAACUCACUUUCUCCAAACCUCUCGAGUGGUUUCCGAUAUGGCCAUACAUGAAGCUGUUUGGGAUAUGCUGGCUAGUGCUACCACAGUUUAACGGAGCAGAACAUGUUUACAAACAUUUCGUAAGACCCUUCUACAGAGACCCUCAAAGAGCUACCACCAAGAUUUGGUAUGUUCCUCACAAGAAAUUCAAUUUUUUCCCUAAACGUGACGACGAUGACAUCCUCACUGCUGCUGAGAAAUACAUGGAACAACACGGUACCGAGGCUUUCGAGCGAAUGAUCGUUAGGAAGGAUAGUUAUGAAAGAGGGAGGAGUACUAGAGGAAGCAAUAAUUACAUGAUCUUUGAUGAUGACUAUAGGUACUGAAGUCGCCAUGUUACAUGAGUCUUGAUCUCGGUCAUGAUCUUAAACUGGUGUAGCUACUCUCAGUUUAUAAGCUUCGCUAUGUGACUAUAUAAUACUCUCUGUCGCUAUGUUAAUUUUUUUUCUAUAAGUUGCCAGGAUUAUGUAUAAGCUCUAUGUAGUAGCAAGUUCGUAACAUGUUCUCUUAAUAAUCAAACGCUAUUUUUACUAGAUU